AACUUUUGCCGCCUAAAAGCUCUUUCAUUUCUCGUAGAUUAGAAAAUUACAAAUUGGAUUCGAUCAGUCUUCAAUGUUUCAGUCCCUCAAAAAACCCUAACGACAAGUCGUUCUCCGUCGAUUUCAGUGAGAUUGUCACGGCCAGAGAUGGAGAGCGACGACGAGCUUCAGCUAUUCUCACCCACGGAGGAACCCUCUCCUGCAGUCCCUGAACCAAAGCUGAAGCGCUUGAAGAAAGCAGUUCGAGUUUCCAGCGAUAUUCCUACCCUUAAUCCAUCGUCGCCUCCGGUGGAUUUCUCCAAAUCCGAUGCCGUAGACUCUGAUGAAUCGAAAGGCCGAGAUUCCCCGGAAUUGAACGAGUCGCCGCCGCCUAGGGCCAAGAGGGCCUUGGAUUCUGGUGGUUUUGAUGGUUUGGGCGGUGAAGAAGACAGUUCUAGGGCCAAGAGGGCCUUGGAGUUUGAUUCUGUGGCUGACGAAUUUGACGGAGAAGGCGAGGAUGGGAGGGCUGAGAUGGGGGAGGGGAUUGGGGAUCUGAGGGUGGAGGAACCAGAGAAGAAACAACGUAGCCCGGUUGAGAUUGAUGAGAACAGUGAAAACAAGAAGAAGAAGAAGAAAAAGAGCAUUAGAGUUGAGGGUGUUAAUCGCCAAGAUUCUGGUGGCUAUGAUGGUUUGGGCGGUGAUGAAGACGGUUCUGUGGCCAAGAGGGCCUUGGAGUUUGAUUCUGUGGCUGAAGAAUUUGACGGAGAAGGUGAAGAUCUGAGGGCUGAGAUGGGGGAGGGAAUUGGGGUUCUGAGGGUGGAGGAACCAGAGAAGAAACGACGUAGUCCGGUUGAGAUUGAUGAGAAGAGAGAAAACAAGAAGAAGAAGAGGAACAAGAGGGUUGCUAAGAGUGUUAAUGCCCAGGAGACUGCCACCGCUAAGAGAAUCACUCAGAAGGAAAGAAGAGAUAAUCUAAUGCAAGUCCGUGCCGAAUCUCAGAGGCUCUUGCGAGAAACUAGAGACGUGUCGUUUAAACCUGUACCGCUUGUUCAAAAGCCGAUAUCUUCAGUCUUGGAGAAGAUUCGUAAAAGAAAGCUUGAGCUUUCAAAAAAAUCUGUUGCUAUAAAGACCAAGUCUUUAGUUGAUGAUGAUGAUGACGAUGACGAUGAUGGCUUUGCAAUGGAGGUUGUAGUGGAUUGUGGUGCAGGUGGCACUAAUGGUGAUGAGAGGGGAAAUAAUGGGAUUGCGAAAUCGGUGAGUGAAGAGGCAAUUGAAGUUCCUGCUAACACGAAGAGUAAUUCAGAUGAGUCAUGUAAGGAUGAAUCUAAUCACAUUAAAGAUCACUCCAGCCGUGAAAGUAUACCGUCCCAAAUGGAUGUGGACGAGAAGUCCAGGCAAGCAUUUCGAAUCCCAAUUGAAGAUACUCAGGAGCUGUUAUCUGAUUCCCUAACAGGUGACUCUUCGGAUGAGCUACCUAGUGAGACACCCAACAGCCCCUUGGAAGAAGUUCUGGCUCCAUCCAUACUUGCAAUGAAUUUAAAGCUUGAUUCGGCUCCUCUUGAUGAUGUUUCUGAUGAAGAGGACAAUAACAAGGAGAGCGUUGAUCCCCAUCCACAUGGAUUGUCUUCAUCUCCAGAUGGCGAUCCAGUUAAAGCUUUUGUUGAUGAUGAAGCUGAGGUUGAAGAUGAUAGUGAUAAUGACAUGUUUCGUUUCGGAGAUAAUGAAGAAGAGGACGAAAAUGAUGAUUUUCAGGAACUUAAUGAUAUGAUAGCAACUGAAUAUGAAGAAAAGCCAAUUGAUAAUGAAAAGCGUAAUCAACUCCAUCAGAAGUGGCUUGAGCAUCAGGAUGCGGCUGGAACAGAAAAUCUUUUGCAGAAAUUGAAUUGUGGUUCAAAAUUGAAUGACACAACUUUGCUUGAAGACGAAGAAGAUGAGGAAGGUGAAGAAGACAAAGAAGAUUUUGGUGAUGAAGCUUCAGAAGAUUUAAUCCCAACAAACGUUGCACGAAUGAAUUUGAGAAAAGUAAAGCAAAUGAUUCCUCAAAUGUUUACGGAUAAGGAUGAUGUAUACUUAUCAUCUGAUGAUGAGGAAACAGAAAAGAGGCUAUCUAAGCAGUGCCUGUUUGAGAAAUCUGAGGAGCAAGCUACGCUCUUGUCACCAGCAGAGGAUGAGAGUUCCAGAGCAGUUUUUGGUCUUAUAAAGAAGCUGAAUACUGCCCCCGACACUAAGAAAGGCAAAACACCUUCCCUUUUUGAUAUGCCAUUCACUGGAGGAAAGAAAAACAUAUUGUCCAAGUCUUCUUUCCUUGGUUGGGGGUCAACUCAUUCUCUACCAUCAUCCCAAAGGCAUGCUUCAAGCACAGGUCGUUCUUUUAUCUUUGGUCGAGAUGAGAGCAAUAGCAGGAGUGCAAUCUCAAUAUCAGAGGAUUCUUCAGAUGCGAGAGAAAAUCGACCAACAAGGCCUGCUUCAGCAAAGUUCAGUAACUCUCAAAUUAAAGCUAGUACCCAGAACACACAAUCCGUGGCUGCAUUGAAGUCAGGUACCUCACUGUUUGACAUAUUAAGGCAAUCUUCCCUGCAAUCUGAGCAUCGCACUCGGGAUAAUAUGGUUCUCGAAACUGAAUCUGUAUUUGCUGCAUUCAAAUUGGCAAAGAAGCCGAUGAAGACAGAAGGAAGAGCCUAAUGUAUAUAAUAAUAAUGUUUUAUUAUUGUUUGGCUUCAGUUCAUUCGUCUAUCAUAUCUUUUGUACAUCUAUUU